CCAGCCCAAACCCAGGUCUGUCCCAUUUCCCCUCCUUCCUCUGUUCGUCCCCAUGGCGGCGGCACGCCCGCACGGCUAGCCUAGGGUGCCAGCAGCUCUACCACAGCCGCCCUGCGUAGCUACCGCUGACCGCCAUCGUCCUGGAGCACCGCCCGCCUUCGGCCUCUCGGUCCCCGACUCCCUAGGGCUUCUUGCACCGCCGCCGUCGCCGCUGCCACGCAUCGCUGCCGUCGACCUUCCUGCACCACUACCGCUGCGUAGAAUUGCCCACAACACCGCCACCGUCGACCUGCUGAUCACCUCCUCUAAGCACUAGUCCUCCUCCCUCCUCCGGUGUACCCUACCCUUCUCCGUUCUCACCAAGCUAGGCUUGUUAACAUGUCUGCGAAUGUGCAAGAGAGCUCUGGCGCUGGUGAUGCUGUUGAUACACGUUCUGCGACGCCGGUGGCUUCCGUGGCGGAGGCCGCAAGAGCAGGAGAGAUGCCUCCCCACCGCGAUCUCCCGGACGAGAUCGCCAUCUGGGAGAUCCUCGUUCGCCUGCCCCCCAAGGCUCUCCUCCGCUGCCGCACGGUCUGCCGCGCCUGGCGCUUCGCCACCUCCUCCCGCGACUUCCUCCUCGCCCACCACAGCCACCAGCCCACUCUCCCCCUCCUCUACCUGCACGACGCUACUUAUGAUCUCAGCCAGUCCCUAGACAUCGUGCCUUUGGACCACCGGGCGGGGGUCUCCGCCGCUGACCAGCUCCAUCUUGUCGCCAGGCUUGGCUCCUGUAACAACUACAUGCAUCUGGAGGCGUCCUGCGACGGCCUCCUCGUCCUCGCCACUGUUGGUGACCCGUGUUUCGCUCCUGCCUUGUACUUCUCCGUCUGCAACCCGGCCACCCGUCAGUACGCCCCCCUCCCAUUGCUUCGUGGCUUCAGGCUCGCGGGAAUGUACCCGCACCCUCCUAUGGGCGAGUACCGGCUGUUGCUGUACCCUGACGGGACUUGGAUGCACGAUGAACGGCCAGCUGGCAUUCAAGAAGCGUGCUAUGUUUACACGGUGGGCUCCUGCCAGCCACCGAGGCACAUUGGGUGGCUGGAGGCGGAGGAGCUGAUUCAUUUGCUCGUAUCUGUCCUUUGCCGUGGCAACCUGCACUGGUUCGUAGCGAUGGUCGAGGUCAUAAGCAACAUCAUAAUGGUAUUCGACGCCACAGCUGAGGUGUUCAGGCAGAUGCCCGCUCCGCCCGUUCGUGCCACUGCUGACCUGUUUGAGGUGGAUGGAAUGCUUGGCAUGGCCAGCUUCAAUGAUGCGGUGACAACCAUCGAUAUCUGGAUGAUGCAGGACUAUGACAGCGAAGUAUGGGCCUUCAAAUGCCGGGUUGAAUUGCCGGUUGCAGAGCUCACCGGGCGGUUUGGACUUAGCAAGUACUGGAAUCUGGUGGUUUCGUCUUCGGAUGAUAAUGAUGUGCUCAUUCUGGUACAAACAAGCGAGUGGCUACUUCAGAUUGACAUAGUUGGCAAGUUGGUCGCCAAGUUCUAUACAAAAUGUCUUGGUAUUUCUCAACUUCGUCUCAAGCAAACUCUUGUUCAGCAUAGCUUCUUUCCGACAAUAGAGGGUUAUGUUGUGAACACUUGGCCUUUCAUCGCACCCAAAUGCUUAUGUUGUCAACACUUAGCCUUUCCAUUUCAGUGUGGUGGUGCUUCUUAAAGGCCUGGCUGUUUGUAUCCUCAUGAACUGUAAUAUGUAUGAAGUGUAUCCACCACUAGCUUCUUUGUUUAAUGUAACAUGGUUGCGCUAUAUUUCUCAAUAUUCUUUUGGGCUGAAA